AUCAUCAAUUUUUAUCUUGAAAUUAUCCCUUUGUAAUGCACCAGUUAGCCCCUUGCUUCUUUGAUGUAUAGUUGCAAGGAAAUUCGAGCAAAGGGUGCCAACCGCUAUUUCACAUUGUGUGCUACUGACUUUUUAGCUAUUGGUGGGGGUGGUCAUUUUGCACUCUAUUUGAAUAGUGAUCUAUUGAGUGGAUCAAGUUCAGUUUCAGAAACCUAUGGGAAUCCAUGUCUUGCAAACUCAGAAGACUUUGAUGUGAAAGAAGUAGAGUUAUGGGGUUUUGUGUAUGCUACUAAGUAUGAGGAAUUACUUGCUCAAAGUCGUAUGGAGGCACCUGGGAUUUGCCGAUGGUGAAUGCCUCAUUUGGAACUCAUUUUACUGUGGUGGUUAGUAUCAUCACCUUAGCUGAGGCUUAUUAUUGUUUCUGGAGCUGGAUGCAAACGAUGUUACAUUAUAUGGAUGACAUUCCUUUUGGAGUUUGUAAAUACAA